CACUGUUACAGAAAAAAAAAGCAGUCUCAGUCCUCUUCUUUUUUAACUUGAAACGACGCCGUCUCCUAUCUAUCUCCGGCGCGGUAACUAAAGUAGAUAACUUUCAAGCAGCAGACGGUGAAGUCUUUGUUUUGUCUCUCUCUUCUCUUCUCUCCCGACACACUUCUCCACUGUUUUUUCUUGAUUUCACUGAGUGUUGCGUAAGAAAAGAAACAGCUAGGCUCGAGAACUUGGGAAGAUCAUCGGGCUUUGUUCCUUUUUGAUAUUUCUGGAAGCUUAGGUGGAGUAGAAAGAGGAUCUCUUUUUUUUAUUUCUAUUUUUACUUGUGUCUGUCUGUCUGUCUGUGCUUCGUUUAUGGAGUCGGUGUGAGAGAUAAAGGUCUUGCCUUUUAGUUUUUUUUUUUUCUCUCUUUCUUUGUUCUCCCGUGUGAUGUUUGUUUGGAAGAAGAGGAAGUAAACCAUUAGCUCAAAAUGCAUUUCAGCAAGCUUGAUGACUCUCCCAUGUUCCGCAAACAGUUACAAAGCGUGGAGGAGAGUGCAGAAAUAUUGAGGGAAAGAAGUCUCAAGUUUUACAAAGGAUGCCGUAAAUACACCGAAGGGUUAGGCGAGGCGUAUGAUGGAGACAUUGCUUUUGCUAGUGCACUUGAGACAUUUGGUGGAGGCCAUAACGAUCCUAUUAGUGUGGCCUUUGGAGGACCUGUAAUGACGAAAUUUACAAUUGCGUUGAGGGAGAUUGGGACUUAUAAGGAAGUUCUUCGCUCACAGGUGGAACAUAUACUGAAUGAUAGAUUACUUCAAUUUGCCAAUAUGGACUUGCAUGAGGUUAAGGAAGCUCGGAAGCGCUUUGACAAGACUAGCCUUACCUAUGAUCAGGCCCGUGAGAAGUUUCUUUCGUUGAGGAAAGGUACAAGAAGUGACGUUGCUGCUGCUUUAGAACAGGAACUUCACACUUCGAGGUCUAUGUUUGAGCAAGCUCGGUUCAACCUUGUGACUACUCUUUCAAAUGUUGAAGCUAAGAAAAGGUUUGAAUUCUUGGAAGCAGUCAGCGGAACUAUGGAUGCACACCUUCGGUACUUCAAACAGGGUUACGAAUUACUGCAUCAGAUGGAACCAUAUAUCAAUCAGGUCUUGACCUAUGCACAACAGUCCAGAGAGAGAUCAAACUAUGAACAAGCAGCACUUAAUGAAAAGAUGCAGGAGUAUAAAAGACAGGUUGAUAGAGAGAGCAGGUUUGGUUCAAACGGUUCUAAUGGAUCCCCAAAUGGAGAUGGCAUACAAGCGAUUGGUAGAAGCUCUCACAAAAUGAUAGACGCUGUAAUGCAAUCUGCUGCAAGGGGAAAGGUGCAAACAAUUCGGCAAGGUUAUCUCUCUAAACGGUCUUCAAACCUGAGAGGAGACUGGAAAAGACGGUUUUUUGUUCUUGACAGCCGAGGAAUGCUGUAUUAUUACAGAAAGCAAUGUAGCAAACCAUCUGGUGCUAGCAGCCAGCUCUCUGGACAGAGAAACAGCUCAGAGCUUGGGUCUGGACUUCUUAGUAGGUGGCUUUCUUCGAAUAAUCAUGGUGGAGUACAUGAUGAGAAGUCUGUAGCUCGUCAUACAGUGAACUUGCUUACUUCAACUAUCAAAGUCGACGCUGAUCAGUCAGAUCUGAGGUUUUGCUUUAGGAUCAUUUCACCUUCAAAAAACUACACAUUGCAGGCUGAGAGUGCACUAGAUCAAAUGGAUUGGAUAGAAAAGAUCACUGGGGUUAUUGCAUCACUACUUAGCUCUCAGGUCCCUGAACGGUGUCUUCCUGGUAGUCCCAUGGGAAGUGGUCACCAUCGGUCCGCCAGUGAAAGUAGCUCAUAUGAAAGUUCUGAAUAUGACAUUCCUAACACUGAUGAGUUUGUAUGUGAGAGGAGCUUUCUUGGGUACAAUGAAAGACCAUCAAGAAACAUCCAGCCGCAACGGUCCAUUAGAAAGGGUGAGAAGCCCAUUGACGUUCUGCGGAAAGUCUUUGGGAAUGACAAAUGUGCAGAUUGUGGAGCUCCAGAACCAGACUGGGCUUCUUUAAAUCUAGGGGUUCUUGUCUGUAUUGAGUGUUCUGGUGUUCACCGAAAUCUUGGUGUGCAUAUAUCUAAGGUUAGGUCACUUACGCUUGAUGUGAAAGUAUGGGAGCCUUCUGUUAUAACUUUGUUCCAAGCUCUUGGGAAUACAUUUGCAAACACAGUGUGGGAGGAACUGCUUCAUUCAAGGAGCGCCUUCCACGUUGAACCAGGCUUAACAGGGUCUGAUAAAUCAAGGGUCAUGGUCACUGGAAAACCAAGCUAUGCUGAUAUGAUAUCUAUUAAGGAGAAGUAUAUACAAGCUAAGUAUGCUGAGAAGCUAUUUGUUCGGAGAUCAAGAGACUUUGAUUUCCCACAAACCGUUGCACAACAGAUGUGGGAUGCAGUGAGUGGUAACGAUAAGAAGGCAGUUUACAGGCUUAUUGUCAACGGUGAAGCGGAUGUGAACUCUGUGUAUGAUGACCAAUCAUCUUCCAGCUCUUCGUUAACACUCUCAAGAGUAAUGUUAAUACCAGAGAAGCCACCAACGCGUGAGGAAGUGCUACUCAGAUUAAGAAAUGAGUUACUCGAUAGAACCUCCUCAGGCUGUUCUUCAAGUAUACCUCCUGAGGAAACUGGAGGUUGCUCUCUGCUUCACUGUGCCUGUGAGAAGGCAGACAUUGGGAUGGUGGAGCUUUUGCUUCAGUACGGUGCAAAUGUAAACGCUAAAGAUUCAAGUGGUCAAACGCCGCUGCACUAUUGUAUUCUCAGAGGCAAAGCGGUAGUAGCAAGACUGCUUCUCACGAGGGGAGCAGACCCGGAAGCCGUUAAUAGGGAAGGCAAAACCGCUCUUGACAUUGCUGCAGAGUCGAAAUUUACUGAUUCAGAAGUCUUGGCUCUCCUUACAGAAGCUGCAAACAGUUACAACCACAGACAGUGAUGAUAAAGUUACAUAAGGUCAGGAACUCUUGGGAGCCACGUUUCCAUCAUUACUUUUGUUUUUUUAAGAGCCUAAUCUACACUGGCAUCUUGCAAGCUAAGCCCCCAAAUUAAGUUUAUGUAUUGAUGUUUUGUAAUGAAUAUAUGUUGCUUAUUGGGAAGUUAUAGUGGAUUGUGUUGUUGUGUGUAUUUGAUGUAAGACUAUCUGUAGGAUCCUCAGCUUGGCAUGUCAUACGUUGUGUAACCUGUAAGCAACUUACGGCUUGUGUCAUCUCUGCAGAAGUGUUAACCAUAUAUUAUUCAUUAUUAGCUAUGUAA